AUGGCCAGUACAGACGCGAAUAUUCUACUGUCCGAUCAACACUCGAAGCAACUUCUUCCUAACACAGUGUUAGAACUGAUUUUUGGGGCAUUUGGUGUAUCUGGUAACAGCAUUGUCCUUCUGAUGUACACCAGGUUUAUCACCGACAAGAGUGGCACAAGGUACUUCAUCCCGAUCCUGGCUCUGGUGGACCUUACAGGAUGUGUAUCGAGUGUGACUAGCUUCUAUCUAGACAACACUAUGGGUUACGUUUACCCGAGCGCCAACCUCUGUAAAAUCAUGAUGUUCCUGAUAAUAAUUUCCGGCGGGUUUUCUGCUCAUCUGAUAUUUGCUAUCGCGUUGCAGCGAUACCUGUUAAUUUGCCGCCCCUUUGGUCAGCAGAUGACUCAAGCGUACCGCAGAAUUGCAGUGUUGGCCAUUUUUCUUUUCUCGCUUGGAUACGCCGCUCCGUUCUUGAAGUUUGCGGGGUUAAGAGAGACAAGUAAACUAUACACGGAAGGAAAUGACACACGGGAAAUCUCGGUAUCUUUCUGUUAUUUUGACGACGGAUCAUACGGAUCUCCAGUAAUGGUUCCGUACUUCGCUGCGCUUCUGCUGCUUUCGUUCAUCAAUAUCAUAGUGACAUCUGGAUUAUACAUUCCCGUAACCAGAACCAUAUAUAGAACAUUAUCACCAUUUAAUAGAGCUGCCUACUGGACAAACCAUUUAAAGAAUGGAGAAACCACCGUGACCUCCUUAGAUGAUCAAAAUACAUUGUCGGAAAUUCCUCGACAGGAUUUACCUGUGAUGCAAAGCUGCCCCGAGCCUCAAAUCAGUUCUAGUUCAAGUUUUGAAAGGGUCACACCAGAAACCUCUCAAGAGGAUUUGACUAAAACGACAAACUGCUCUGAUUCCCAAAAUACUGUAACUAUUUGCCAAGAAUCGAACCGUAAACAACAGACUCGCAGAAAACUUAGCAUUAUGUUUCUGCUAAUCAUUAUUGUCUACGUACUUUCGUAUCUUACGUCAUUGGUUACUCAAAUAUACACAUUUGCGACUGAACCAAAUUUAACGGGGUAUCGACUGAAUAUCUAUGCAUUAUUUUUACGUAUCAAUCUACUGAACCAUAUUGCAAACCCAUACAUUUAUUGGUUUUACGAUGUCAAGUUUAGGGGAGAACUUAACAAACUAUGUUGUAGGAGCUUACGCGAAAACUCUUCUAAUAUAAAGUGA